UCCUUAAAAAUUCCGUGCGUCAGUGGUUAGCCAAAAGUGCCAAUUACAUCCACACUUUAUAAGGCCUGAUAUCAGACCCGAGUUCGGGUCCGAGCAAGAGUAUUUUUCCGUUUCACCAAAUAUCAGCACAUCAUUUACAAUAUUCGAAAUGUAAAAAAAAUAUUCAUGUGCAAAAAUAUCAAACAUUGAUUAUUUUUGUCAAUUAGAGACAAAGUAUUUUUUACAUUUCAAAUAUUGUUAACGAUGUGCUGAUAUUCCGUGAAACGCAAAACGAUUAUCAGGCCCGAAAUCGGUCCCGAUAUCUGGAAGUGUGGAUGUAAUUGGCGCUUAAGGCCUCUCCAAAUGUAUAGGCCCGUCAAAUUUAAAAAAUGCAAGCGCGUAGGGUAAUCGUCCCAUAGAAAAUUUGAAUUGCGCUUUAAUCUACUGAAAAAAGAUGUUUGACCGGCUAUUAUAUUACCAACUUUUUUUCUGAUAUUUUUCUUUAUGUUUAUUGUUUUUCUCUGUCACUCUAAUUACGUCUUAGUAAGAGUAAAAGCGAUAAAUCUCCGCAAUUUGCGAAUUUCGGUAUUUGCGGUAGGCCCCCUGUUUUCUGUAUGUUGUCAGGAAUGUUAAAACCACGUUAAAACACGGUUAGUGCGUGGUUUUAAUUUUGUCGCAUUGCUUAAUGUUAUGGUAAUUGCUCUGGUAUAUGGUGACUGAGUUUCGUUGAUUAUAUUAUUAAUUAGUUUGGCUUGGCUGUGGAAAUUCGAACGCACAAUGCACCGACAAACGAACGCCAUGAAAAUGAUCAAUAUUGAGAAGAAGGGCUCCACUUCAUUGAAGCUUGGCUUCUCAAUUGAUGCACUAGCAUAUGGCAGCUACAUAAGCCAUAUCUUUGAUAUUCAUAACAUAAUAGACAUACAAUUUCUUCUCAAACAACAUGAAGGCAAUGAAAUCAGUUAUUUCAUCUGCACAAAAAAAGCUGACUCAGCCAGUACAAGCAAUUUAAUAAUUAAGAUUCGAAUAACCUGCAAGAAAACUGCGCACAACUGCUAUUUGACAUGUAAAGAUCACUGGAGCCAGUGGCAAGCUAUGGGAAAAGAUUUAUCAAAUGACUCAAAAAAAUACCUUAAUCUCCAUUUCACUUUAUCUAUCACUUCUAAAAGAAAAGAUGAAGUUACAACGAGCCUUCAUGAAGACAAACUAUUUACCGACUUUCAAUUAAGAGCAGCUGACGGCAGUGUUGCAGUACACAAAGCACUUUUAGCUGCGAAUAGUCCAGUAUUUAAGACUUUGCUUAGCGGACAAUGGAAGGAGACAACUGAAGGCUGCCUACAAGUGAAAGGAGUGACUCUCUGUACACUUAACCAGCUCAAAGACUACAUGUAUUUGGGGGUUAUGCCUGACAGUGAUGUUUCUUCACUUCUCCUAUUAGCAAACUACUACCUAAUUGAUACCCUAAAAAAAGAAUGUAUCAUAAAAAUCGCUCAAAGCGUGACGUCUGAGAACUUAUACAAAUUAUUAGAAUUUUCUACACGUAAUCAGAUCCCAGAAUUGACAUAUGCAAUACUUGAAGCUGUGCCAAAAUAUAUGGUGAAAUUAGCUCAAAAAAUAAAGGUCUCAAAAAGCUAACCAUUAGACAUAUUUAGUAUAGAAAAUCAGUUAAUGAUGAUCAAACAUUUUUGAUUUUCAUAAAUAUUUUAUAAUGAAGCUGUUGAUUAUACCAAAGUAAAUUAUUCUUAGAUUGGUACCUAUUGUUUAAGUAGGAAUAUAAUUUAUUUUAAAGACAAGGAAAUAUGCCAAGUUGUUUAUUAGGACAUAUUGAUAUGUG